GUGUGUGUAUAUAUAUGUAUAUGAAAAAUGUCAUACGAUAAAACGGCAGUCACUUGAUGUCAAAGAAGACUUCAUUUAAAAUGAUUAAAGAUAUGUAAAAAUCAUCCACUUUUGUCUUUGGCAUAUUUUUUAAAAUGUACAGAAAAGCACUGUUAAGUAUUAAUAGGAUAAAUCUUGAAGAAAUGUCUUUGAUAUCUAAAACACUUCGCAAGGACAGAUUUCCCUCAAUAUCAUUCGGUAAAACAAAUUUUGGAAGCCAUUUUGAAUUUGUAGAUAAAUGACUCGUGUCAUGUGACAUGUGAUGACAUCACUCAGAAGAUCCCUGAAGACCACCAGAGUUGGAGGUAUUGACAAAUGAAGCAAGCUGGGCAAUAUGAUUAUCAACCCAUCAAACACUUGACCACAUCUGCAGCCACAAAAAGAAGAGAACAGUGGAGGCUCAACCAGAGGAAAUGUAGGGAAAGACAGCGACAGGCAGAAGCUAUGAUGAACCUCACGCCACUAUCAGUGGAUUUGUUUGCAGAGCCUUUUCAAGUUGACCAUCCUGGAACUCCUCAGCACUCCUCAUCACCACAGUCACCGCAACAUUCUGCACCACUAGGGCCAUUGCAACACUCUGCACCUGAUGAGACAGCAUUAUCUUGGGAGGGACCAUCUUCAUCUUCCACCCCUUCACAUGGAAGCAAGAAAAAUAGCUCCCGUCAGAAAUCAGAAAAUAGUGUUAGGAAAUUGAGAGAAGAAAUUGGGCAGUUAAAAAAGGACAUUUUGAGAGAAAAAAGAAGAGCUGACAGGUUCCGCAAGAGCUUAAAGAAACUGAAGAAUACAAACUUCAAGGCAGCUAGAAAAAAGAAAGUGGAAAAGUUUUCAGGAAAGGUACACAAAGACGACACAGUGUGGUCCAAUUUCUAACGCGUGAUGAAAACAGUCGUCUUUUACCGGGGAAAAAAAGGACACUGUAACUAAAAGCAAGGUCAAACAACAGCAUCGUGUGCUGACCAAGUCUCUUAAAGAGCUUCAUAAAGAAUACAAUACAGAGGUAGGAGGAGCACCCAUAUCAUACCGGCAUUUUGCCCGCCUUCGUCCAUUUUAUGUCACAGAGCUUAAGGCUAGUGACCGCAACACAUGUGCCUGUAUUGAUCAUGAAAAUGUGAGGUUGAUGAUAGAGAAACUGCAUCAAUGAGGCUUUUUAGGAAGUAAAAGCAUUACUGAUGCACUCACCCACAUUGUGUGUGACAUGAAAAACAAAAAUGCAUGUUUAUGCAGUGUGCACAGUGCUGCUAUUCAGAGAUGGAGCCAGCCAUUCCAAAUGACACUGGGCUGGUUUCAUGGCAUCAAUGGCAGAGGGAGAAAGUCAGCUCAGAAGGGAAAAUCUACUCACAUUUUGUGAAGAGAGAAGUGACUGGAAAAUGGGAAGAUCUCCUGAAGAGCUUUAAUGAAAAGCUGGAAAGAAUGGCAAAGCAUGGACUUUUCUGAGAAUUAUUCAUGCAAACUGAAUGUUGAGGUUCAGUCCUAUCAUUGGGGGGGAAGUCGAAGACAAGCAACAGUCUACACAUGCAUGGUCUACACUGCAGAAAGAUCAAAAGCUUAUGCUACCAUUUCCACUUCUCUCAGACAUGAUGAGCAGGCAGUAUGGGCACACUUGAAGCCUGUGUUGGAUGAAAUACAGUCAAAUGCACCAAUAUCUACAAUGCACUUCAUGAGUGAUGGCCCGCUGAUACAAUAUAGAAAUAAGAAAAAUUUCUUCUUGAUGUCAACCUUGCCUUUCAUGCAUGGCAUUGAGGCUGUCACAUGGAACUUCUCAGAGAAGUCCCAUGGAAAGGGUGCACCAGAUGGUAUUGGUGGAUCAUUAGAGAGAAAAGCAGAUGCAUUUGUCCAGCAAGGAGGGGAUAUUCAGAACCCAGAGGAAUUGUUUUCCUUUCUGGAAAAGUCCAAUUCUGACAUAAAACUCUACUGGGUAGCAGAAGAGGACAUUGCUAGGGUGGAUGAGGCUGUGCCCACUGCCUUGCCAAUAGUCAAAGGCACCUUGGGCAUUCACCAAGUGAUUACAGACACCCCUGGAAAGAUCUCUCACAGAGAGCUGUCCUGUUUUUGCAAGCGUUUUGGACUUACCUGUGAAUGUGAGCCACCCAUGGUCUUCGAUUUUAACUCCGAAAAAGCAUCCUGCACCACCAAUCAAGAACAGGAAGACAUGGCUGGAAAGAUGGUCAUUGUGUCUUAUGAUGACAAGCCUUUUGUGGGGCAGGUACUGAAGAUUGUUGGUGAAGAAAUUGAGGUCUCUUGUAUGCAACAGUCUUUGCUUUGUGUGGCCCCAAAUUCCAGAUGUGAUCUUUUACUUUCAAUCAGAUGUGAAAGCUGUCAUCUCAGAACCAGAGCCAUCAACCAGUUGAAGCUCAAGAUUGUCAGCUGAGGACUGGGAAAGAUUCUUAUCUGUCUGAAGAAAACAACAGUGACCAGCCACAGGGGGAGGGCGUUAGAAAACAGAUAUGUUAUGCACACUGUACUGAUUUCAGGUUACCAUGACAGAUUUGUUUUAAUCAUUGUUCAAGUGAUAGAUUACAGUUAUAGCGGUUAGACAGAGUGUUACGUUUUUUUCUAUGACUAAAUGAAUUCUGAGAAAUAGUAUUAGAGAUUAGAACUGUUCGUAAGGUUUAGAUAUAAAUGUUACUGUGCUGUUUUUAACUGACUGUUAUGUUUGGAAUCAACUGUAAAUAUGUUUUACCAAAUAAGAAAGUUAGUGCUCUUUUUAAAUUGACUAGUGGUAAAAAUCAAAUUUUAAAUUGGAUUUACUUGUUCAUAUAUUGUAUAAGACCUCAAACUAACAAUGCAUUCAUUCUUGUAUGAAACAAGAAAAC